CCCGAUCUGCUCAACUUCAAGAAGGGAUGGAUGUCAAUCUUGGAUGAACCUGGAGAGUGGAAGAAGCAUUGGUUUGUGCUGACGGAUUCCAGCCUCAAAUAUUACAGGGACUCCACCGCCGAGGAGGCAGAUGAACUGGAUGGUGAGAUCGACCUGCGCUCCUGCACAGACGUCACCGAGUAUGCAGUACAGCGCAACUAUGGCUUCCAGAUCCAUACCAAAGAUGCCGUUUAUACCUUGUCGGCAAUGACCUCGGGCAUCCGGAGGAACUGGAUUGAGGCUCUCAGGAAGACUGUGCGUCCAACUUCAGCCCCAGAUGUCACCAAGCUCUCAGACUGCAAUAAGGAAAACACGCUGCAUGGCUGUGGCACACAGAAGGGCUCCCUGAAGAUAGGGGAGCAGCGGACAGGCUCUGAGGUUAUCGGCCGGGGUGGCCCUCGCAGAGUGGAUGGAUCUCGGCAGUCACUGGACUACGUGGAGCUCUCUCCAUUAACCCCAAGCUCCCCGCAGCGCGUGCGCACUCUGACCCGCUCCACUUCUGAGCGUCCACCCAAACAGGAGGAUCUAGAGCGGGACCUGGCGCAACGCUCUGAGGAAAGGCGCAAGUGGUUUGAGUCCACGGACAGCAGGAACCCAGAGACUCCCAGUGGUGAUGGGCCUCGAAGGGGCCUGGGUGCCCCCCUGACUGAUGACCAGCAGAGCCGACUCAGUGAGGAGAUUGAAAAGAAGUGGCAGGAACUGGAAAAGCUGCCCCUGCGGGAGAAUAAGCGAGUGCCGCUCACUGCCCUGCUCAACCACGGCCGCAGCGAGCGCCGGGGACCCCCAAAUGACAGCCAUGAGGCCCUGGAGAAGGAGGUCCAAUCUCUCCGUGCCCAGCUAGAAGCAUGGAGGCUCCGAGGGGAAGCUCCUCAGAAUGCCCCCAGACUCCAGGAGAACAGCCAUAUUCCUCCAGGCUACAUCUCACAGGAAGCCUGUGAGCGCAGCCUGGCGGAGAUGGAGUCCUCACACCGGCACGUGAUGGAUCAGCUGCAGCAGCACCAUGAACGGGAGCUACAGCGGCUGCAGCAAGAGAAGGAGUGGCUCCUGGCUGAGGAGACGGCUGCCACAGCCUCAGCCAUUGAAGCCAUGAAGAAGGCAUAUCAAGAAGAGCUGAACCGGGAACUGAGCAAAACACGGAGUCUCCAACAGGGUCCAGAUGGCCUGCAGAAGCAACACCAGUUGGACAUGGAGGCACUGAAGCAGGAACUGCAGGUGCUGUCUGAGAGGUACUCCCAGAAAUGCCUGGAAAUCGGUGCCCUGACACAGCAGGCAGAGGAGCGCGAGCAUACCCUGCGGCGCUGCCAGCAGGAGGGUCAGGAGCUGCUGCGCCACAACCAGGAGCUGCACUCACACCUGUCAGAGGAGAUCGACCGUCUACGCAGCUUCAUCGCCUCGCAGGGCACAGGCAAUAGCUGUGGGCGCAGCAGUGAGAGGAGCUCUUGUGAGCUGGAGGUGCUCCUGAGAGUAAAAGAGAAUGAACUCCAGUACCUGAAAAAGGAGGUGCAGUGCCUCCGGGAUGAGCUCCAGGUGAUGCACAAGGACAAGCGCUUCACGGGGAAGUACCAGGAUGCAUAUGUGGAGCUGAACCACAUCAAGACACGGUCAGAGCGUGAGAUCGAGCAGCUGAAGGAGCACCUGCGCCUGGCCAUGGCUGCCCUGCAGGAGAAGGAAGCUGUGAGAAACAGCUUGGCUGAGUAGAGGUCCCUGUGGUUCAGCUCAGCUGAGGACCCUCCAGCGCCGAGGGACCAGCCACCCUCCUUCUCUGACAGAAGUCAGAAGCCAAGCUUUCUUCUCUCCCUGGGUCACAUGUGCACUCACACCUGCUACACACAUGCACGCGCACUCGCACAUGCACACACACAUGUACACACACAUGUACACACACACGUACACACACACACACACACACACACACACACACACACACAGACACACACUGCGGAUCUGAGCUCGUCCCUCGCACUGGGUCUUACCUUGCACCUUCUUCGGGAUUUUAUAUGUGAAGAGAUUUUUUAUAUAGAAUUUUUGCCUUUUUUUCCUAAAACACUUUAAACUUUAUAAAAGGCAAUUCUUGGUGGCAUGUGCCUCUAGCACUGGCUCCUGUGCCCUCCACUGCCCUGCUUGGGCCUCCUUCCUACCCUGGGCAUCUUGCAAAGGCCCAAGCAGGGCCAGAGUGAGUUGACCAGAAGGAAAAGGCCGGGAGCAGCCCUCUCUUCCUGCCCUACCUCUACUAACUACUCCUGCCCUGCCAGGUCCACACCCUGGCCUCUGGACAGGGGAGCCAAUGGACAGAGAAAGGAGCCUGUAGCUGUCCCCAUAGCUUCACUCUGAGGGGCGCUGGGUGUGGCCCACUAGCGCUAACCAUGAAGACACAUCUCUUCUGUCCCAUGAGUCAUCCUAACAAUAAAACCUUCCAGCAACUCUG